GGGGUAAUUUGAAAUAAAUUUGCAGGAUACCGUCACUUGAAAAACCCUAGAUUUUUAUAGGCCGCCUCUGGCUGCUCCUGCUUCUCCUUCCCUUCUCCAAAACCCUAGCGUACGUCUCUCUCUCCCUCUCUCGAGCAUUGCCCCCUCUGGAGAAGAAGCCAUGGUGGCGUACGCAGCUAUGAAGCCUACUAAGGCUGGCCUGGAGGAGCCUCAGGACCAGAUUCACAAGAUCAGAAUCACUCUCUCCUCCAAGAAUGUCAAGAACCUCGAGAAAGUGUGUGCGGAUCUCGUUCGUGGUGCCAAGGACAAGCGGCUGAGAGUUAAGGGACCAGUGAGAAUGCCCACCAAGGUUCUUCACAUUACUACCAGGAAGUCUCCAUGUGGAGAAGGGACGAACACAUGGGAUAGAUUUGAGCUGCGGGUCCACAAACGAGUGAUUGAUCUCUUCAGUUCCCCAGACGUGGUUAAGCAGAUUACCUCCAUUACAAUUGAACCUGGUGUGGAGGUUGAGGUUACCAUUGCGGAUUCUUAGAGUGUGUUGAGUGCUCUCUCUUUUUGGUACCCUUUAGUUUCCAUAGUGAAAUUUAAACACUUCCCUCGCUGUAUCUGGCUUGGUUUGGAAUAUUAUAAUUUUUAGAAGAUUUUCUUGUAAUGUGGAGAGUAUUUAUGUUAUUCCUUUAUAUUCUACUUAUGAAAUGAACAUUAGGAUUCAAGUGUUUGAUGUUGGAAUAUCAAUGGAGUGGAAUUUUGUGUUCUUAAGCAA